UUGAUAAUCUUUUUGCUGAACCUAGUAUUGCUAAAUGGAUUCAAGACACAGUUCCUGAAUAUACUAAUGGUGUUGUUGUUAGUAAAAAUGCUGGUGGUGCAAAAAGAGUAACAUCACUUGCCGAUCGUCUUAAAAUAGAUUUUGCACUUAUCCAUACUGAUCGCACACGUGAAUCUCGCCGAAAGAAUAAUAGCGAUUCUGGCAUGUCAUGUAUUACAAAAGUCGGAGUAAAGGAUGACGAGACGGUGGAGGAUGAUGAGAUUGAUGAAGCCACCACAGAACUUUCGAUUAAUGAUUCUAACUCUAUCACUUCAACAACCAAUGGAGAUGAAAUCGGUAUCAUUACUCUUGUAGGCGAAGUUGCGGGGAAAGUUGCCUUUAUAGUGGAUGAUAUGAUUGAUAAUGCAGGAUCGUUUAUAGCUGCUGCCGAUCACUUGAUAAAUAAAUGUAACGCUAAACGUGUUUACGUGAUCGCUACUCACGGAAUUUUAAGCGGUGAUAGUUUAAGAGAAAUUGAAAGAU